AUGUCCGCCACCAUACCCAUAUGGCUCGGGAUCUUGUUGGCUGUGGCUAUCCCUGCGUUGAUCGUGCUGGGCUGGGUUUGCGAAGAAUUGCGUGUGACGUGCCGCCGCCUUGGUGCUGGCGAUGUUGUAGGCGGUGUUGCUCUCCUCAUACUCUCAGCUAUUUCGACUCCGCUUGGUACUUUGUGGAAAAGCCGCUCGCGGCACUCGCGCCCUCUUGUCAUAAGUCGUAUAGUCAUGCGUGUUGCUACUUUCUACACGCCGGCUGCGUUUGAGGAACCUACACACCCGAGAUCCGUUACUCUUCUUGCGCGAGAUAUCUUGCGCUACGCUGCGGCUGCCUUUCCAGAACAACCACUCGCUCCCGAGACCGGUAAUCCUCUUUGCGCCGGACAUCCUCCACCCCACGAAGAACCCUCACGAUUUUCACGAUUUACAAACACCUACUACCGCACUUCCCGCAUCACCAAAACGCGCCUUGAGCAAGUAACACCCCGUACCAACAUUCUCUCAGCGCUGAAUCUAACCCCCCCUGCGCAGGAACAAUGCAACACCUCUACCCGCGAGGCAGCGAACCGACGCCGACGAAUCCCUGCCAACACUACAUAG